AGCGACCAAAGUAAUCACCUGUGCGACUCAGUUUUGUGGAGUCACCGCGCCGCUAUCUGCAAUAAAUACAGCUGUUAUGCAGUCCGAUUAGAACUAUUAACAUUUUUCAGUCGACCGGAGCAGACGAAUUUCUUCAGCUCUCCCCACUGAUAACGCAGUUCUGGUCAAAUCAUCAUUCGAGCGUAUUUGUGACCUCUGGAAUGGCUGCUAAGAAACUAGAUGCCAUCAUUUUUGGGGCCACCGGCUUCACCGGCAAGUACACGGUACUGGAGGCAGUCAGUGUGCUGAAGGGCCUGAGCUGGGGCAUCGCCGGUCGCAACCAGGAUAAGCUGCAGGCGGUGCUCCGCGAGAUGGGGGCAAAGUCCAAGACGGACCUCUCCCAAACGCCCAUCGUCAUCGCGGAUGUGAACAACGAGGCGUCGCUGCUGGAGAUGGCCAAGCGCUGCCGGAUCGUGGUCAACACCGCGGGACCGUACCGUUUCUUUGGCGAGAAGGUGGUCAAGGCCUGCAUAGAUGCAGGCACCCACCACGUGGAUGUUAGCGGGGAGCCGCAGUACAUGGAGACGAUGCAGCUGCGCUACAACGAUCUCGCCAGGGAGCGUGGCGUAUACGUGAUCAGCGCCUGCGGCUUCGAUUCCAUUCCCGCCGACAUGGGCGUCACCUUCAUCGAGAAGAACUUUGACGGCGUCGUCAACUCGGUGGAGAACUUUGUUCACAUGGGCGUCAAGGGCGGCACCAAGGGCACGGGAAGUGCAGCCCUGAACACGGGCACCUGGGAGAGCGCCAUUUACGCCAUCGCCAACCGGAGUGAGUCCGUAGACAUCCGGCGGAAACUCUUCCCCGAGCGCCUGCCCAAGUUCCAGCCAGCCCUGAAGGCCCGUUCUCCGCUGUCCCGUGCCGCGGAGGUAGACAACAAGGUGAUCCUGCCCUUCCCGGAGACGGAUCGAUCGGUGGUAAUGCGCUCACAACGGUUCCUAUAUGAGCAGGACAAGAAGCGCCCUGUCCAGAUGCAAGCGUACAUGACAUAUCCAUCCUGGUUCGCUGCCAGCGUUGUAGUGCUCUUUGCCGCCGUCAUUGGGAUAAUGGCUAAGUUCUCCUUUGGCCGCGAACUACUCCUCAAGUAUCCCGGCAUCUUCUCCGGCGGCAUGGCCUCCCGAGAGGGUCCGAGCGAGGCGCGGAUGGAGCGUUCGUUCUUCCGGAUGACCAUGAAGGCCACUGGAUGGCCCAAGUCUGAGCAGCUAGCCGAGACCACGGAUCAGUAUAGCAGCCCGCCCACCAAGACGCUAACCGUCAGGGUUACAGGUCCCAAUCCCGGCUACGGAUCCACCUGCGUGGCUCUGCUUUCCACGGCAAAGACCAUCCUUAACGAAAGCGACAAGAUGCCGAGCACGGGUGGAGUUUUGCCCCCUGGGGCUGCCUUCCGCGCAACCAGUCUCAUCAGCGAGCUGGAGAAGUACGAGCACGGCAUCAAGUUCGAGAUUGUUGCCAAUAAGUAAAUGAAAUUAAAUUUGUAAAGGAAGCGCCAUACAAUAAAGGAUACUACUUGCUGUUUUAAAUAAGUUA